UAAAACCGGGCUCAGAUUCUUCCAUAUCCCAUCCGGGGAUGGAGAAUAAAGAAGGUCCUCAUGGAGGCGGCGCUCUCAGUCCCUAGAGUGUUUCGACGUCUGGUGCUGAAAGCUCCAGAGACACACCAAACCAAAUCUUCAUCAACAGGAUGUGCAGAAGCAGAGAGUGGGUUUGAGCGAAGCGUAGAGCUCCCUAUUUUGAUUGCAGUGGGUGAGUUUAAUUCCAGAUGGUAUUUCCUGACCAACUGCUAGGAACUUGGACCUCAGCAGCAUUUGUAGUGACUGCAGCUGAGAUCUCAAAAUAGCACGGCCGGCCGAGGUGGAGGUUUUGUGACUUUUAAAGUUACAUUUCCCUACACCCCGUCUUUGCUCCUCACCCCGCAAGGGCAGGAGAAACCUCCGGGGCUGGCAGGGGCCCGACCUUGGAGGCAAAUGCCAAUUACAGUGCAGCUACCAGACCUCGCGCUGGGGACAAACGCAUGCGUGCUGGUGGAGGCUGUGGCCGGUAGGUCUCAGCCCCUGCACCUGUUUCGGAUCUGUCGCACAAGCCCAUCAUAAUUUUCCUUUUAAAGAGGGGGAAUAUUUAUUGAUGGUGCAGCUGGAGACAGCCACUGCAGGACUGCAGGAAUCCUCUGCUAUGUGGCGACACCCACUCCUCAGAGCGGAGCAGGGAGGGACAGACCGCGCUUAGAAAGCGCUUGUGGUCCACGGGGCAGGGCCGGCACCCGCAGGCCAAGGGGCCUCGCAGCUACCCCCGGAGAAUGGACUCCGCACUCAGAAGGAAAGGCGUCUGGAUCGUAGGCAGCGUGUGCCUCCUGUCGUCUUCAGUCCUCUGGCGGCUGCUCCGCUCGGUGAUGACGCGAGGAGGCCCCGGGCAGACGCCCGCUCUGGAGGAUGCACAGGCUAAAGAGAAGGCAUGGUUGAACCCUGACCUGAAGGAAAGGACACCCGUCAAAGGUGAAAGGACAUCAGUUGUCGCAGAGAGAUCUACCGAGAAGAACCACCUCUUCUCUGAGAAAGAAAAGGUUGAUAAACUCAACAAGAAAAAUGCCGAGAAGACCAAUGCCUCUGUAGCUCAGCGCAGCUUUACCAUAUGCCCUACAGAAAGAGGAGUCGAGGAGGAAGACUUUGCUUUGAGAAAUUCCAUAGAACCAAGAGAGAAGACAGAUGGAGAAGACAUUUCAUGCACACAGAGCCCGAAGGGACAAGGGAGUAAUAGUGCUGGAGAUGACAAACAAGCUGCUGUGGAUAAAAAUGAAUGUCUGAGGUUCCAAGGAGGGGAAAAUGGGCUCCAUCCUAAGGAAGACACUAGAGGAAGGGAAGCUGGGGAAGGAGGAUCAACAACCACAAGCAAGACAGCGCUGGAUCAGUGUUCGAGGGAAAAGCAACAUCCUGAUCAAACCAAUGCUGACCGGUCCCGGGAAAGGUGUAUCAGCAGCAUAAAGGCCACUUCCACACUGGGAAUCCGAAGAAAUUCUGCAACAGGAUCCCCUCUCCAGAAUGCUGAGCUGCCAGAGUCAGCUGGCAGCGGCAAGCGAAGAGUGACAGAGGGGUCCUGCCUGGGUGAGGACAACAAGAAGAGCAGGAGAGAUGCGGUGGGCCUGGGUGAAGAGAGCGCAUUCAUAGAGACUCAAGAUGCCAGGCAAGGCCAGAAGUGCACACAGGGUGAACCCCAAGAGUCCAUUGGCGCGCAGGCCCCCAGAGCGCGAGACCUGGUGGCCCCACUGGAUGACAUCCCGGCUCCUGCUGCCCCGUUUGAUCAUCGUAUUGUGACAGCCAAACAAGCAGCAGUCAACAGCUUAUACACUGUGAGCAAAACAGAAAUCCUAGGAGGAGGGCGUUUUGGGCAGGUUCACAAGUGUGAAGAGAAAGCAACGGGCCUGAAGCUGGCUGCCAAAAUUAUUAAGACCAGAGGCACAAAGGACAAGGAGGAGGUGAAGAACGAGAUCAAUGUUAUGAACCAGCUGGACCACGUGAACCUCAUUCAGCUCUACGAUGCCUUUGAGUCCAAGAACGACAUCAUCCUGGUCAUGGAGUAUGUGGAAGGCGGGGAACUGUUCGACCGUAUCAUUGAUGAGAACUGCAGCUUGACGGAACUCGACACCAUCCUGUUUGUCAAGCAGAUAUGCGAGGGCAUAAAACACAUGCAUCAGAUGUACAUCCUCCACUUGGACCUGAAGCCUGAGAAUAUCCUGUGUGUGAAUCGGGAUGCUAAACAAAUAAAAAUUAUUGAUUUUGGAUUGGCCAGAAGAUACAAACCCAGGGAGAAACUGAAGGUGAACUUUGGAACCCCUGAAUUUCUUGCCCCCGAAGUUGUGAACUACGAUUUUGUUUCCUUCCCUACAGACAUGUGGAGCGUGGGGGUCAUCGCUUACAUGCUACUUAGUGGUUUAUCCCCCUUCCUGGGUGAUGAUGACGCAGAGACGCUGAACAACAUCCUGGCAUGCAGGUGGGACUUAGAGGAUGAAGAAUUUCAGGACAUCUCAGACGAAGCCAGGGAGUUCAUCUCCAAGCUCCUGAUUAAGGAGAAAAGCUGGAGAAUAAGUGCCAGUGAAGCUCUCAAGCACCCCUGGUUGUCAGAUCACAAGCUCCACGCCAGACUCCGCGCACAGAAGAACUGCAGCUCCGACGCUCAUAACCUUAUGACCAAAUAGUCCACGGAAGAUACCCCUUUGAAAGGAAAACUGCUGUGGUUGCUGCUGCUUUGAGAAGACGUUUGGAAAAAUCAGCAGUUCGGGUGACUUGACCCCUAGGAUGAGUGGCAGCUGGCCGCAGCAGAGGAGGCCUUGGACUUGAACUGGGAGCGCCCCUGCCUCGCUCAGCCGGGGCACCCGUGCUGGUCCCUGGGGUACAGGCAGACCCCAGUCCUACAUACUGCAUGGCGGGGAGAUGUUUCCCUGCCUCCUUGAGUUUUUUUAAUUUAUUUUUUUAAAUGUUUGGAUGUUAGUCACUGGGGCGGGGGUACAUUAUGCCUGCUAUUUCUCAAAUUACUAGAGCAAUCAGAGUUGAGAUGUAUUUGAGAUUCAAGAACCUGGGCACUGCAUUCAGAGGCAGAAAGUGGCUUCCAGUCAUUAAACUGUGUCAGUCAAAGGGGUGAUUGUAUCUCCAGGAAAAUUCUGUUUGGCACACCCUUGAACUCUUCUUGAUUGGUCUGAAAUCGGGUGAAUUCAAUGGGUAAAUAAUUUGCUUGCUGGGAUGUAUGCCUUCUUUAAAUGCUGAAGCAAAAGGCGUCAGACGCUGUCUCUUCCAUUUAUUCCGAAGUCUCCCCCAAGCGCAUCAGUUUCUUCCAAGUAGCUGAUUCUGCUUUCACAUUAGUCGUGCUUCUCCCUGUUGUGCUUCCUGCUUCUGUCUGACAGGCCGUUGGUACAUUUAGGAAGACCAGUAAGUGCACCUAUGCAGGCUCCUGCGACGCUGAGGCUUGUGACGAAAUAGCAGACACCGCAGGUGAAGGACCCUCUGCCUCUCAGCUCUUUCUCUGAGCAUGACGGUGAUUUCCAGCUGGAAGCUUCUUAUUCCUAAACUCUCCAGCCAUUUCCUGACAGUUAUUGAAUAAGGGGCAUGAGUGCUACCGUGGGUGGCCUUUGGGGUACAGAAAGGCACGGAGCUGAAAGAGUAAAAUCUGUGCCACUUCCUUAUGAAGCAGGAGCGAUCCCGAGCCCCCCCGGAGCCCUACGGCACCUUCUGUGCCACGCUCACCCCUCAGCCCCGGGACCUUUCCUCAGUUUCCAUUUCCAGAUGCUGCCACGUCAGCAGGAUGAGGUGGCGAACGGCUGUGAUCCCAGCAGUCUGGGGAGCUGAGACAAGAGGAUCACAUGUUUGGGCCUAGCCUGGGCAAUUUAGCAACUUAGCAAGACCCUGUCUCAAGAUUAAAAAAUUUUUAAAAGGGCUGGAGAUACAGCUGAGAGCAAAACCCAAACAGACCAAAGAACUAAGCUGUUGUGCACAUAGGCUGUAACAGUUUCCUAACGUUUAGCCCAACACGUUGUCUAGGUACUUUGUUGCUACCCCAGCGAAGGGUACGGAGCAAAGUUGCUUGGUGGCUCUGUCAGGAAGGCAGAUGAACUCUCCUCCCUUCUCUCCCGCCCAACCCCGCCAGUCCGUGAAGUGUGCCCCAAACAAUGCAUGACGUCCUUCUUCUCGUGCAUAAGAUACAGCAGAAGUGGAGGUGGUGGCCGACAAGCACUUCCAGGAGGGCCACGUGCCGACCUCAGUCCUGCUCCCUCUGCCGCUCUCCCCCAGCCUCCGCACUCAUAGGACGGCGCGUUUCUCUUUUCCUUUGGCCAGUGCAUUUAUCCAAGGUUGUUUUCUUCUACUCCUGCUAUGCCAGUAAGCUUCAAACGUUCCAUUUUAUUUUUAAAAAAAGAGAAAGGAAAGAAACACACAUCACACACGCAAAGCUAGGUGACUGAAGAGUGCUAUUACUGGGCUAUGUUUGGCUGAUGCUGUUCGUUAAAUCAGGAAAAAUCCAAGGCAGUGCGUGCGUUAAUGCCCUUAGACCACAGGGAGCUGAUAGUCCAGUGCUAAACAGGAUGCGGAGGUCUGGAUGGAGCCCUUGUGCAAAGGCGUGGUCCGGCCCUGGGCUCGGAUUCUCCCCGCAUCCAGCAGGUUUUUUGCAGGGUGGGCAGCCUGACCCAGCCUCCAUUCUGAUUCCCAGAGGCAGAGAAAUUGCCCCACAGCCUGCCAAAUGGGGAAGGGACUGCUCAGGUGAAAUACAGCGUGAUUUCUUUGCCAAAUGAAUACACUCCAUGACCCUGUAGUUAGCAGACGUGACUUUCUUAUUUCUUGAGGUUUAGAAAAGAGAGGCGACCUCAUUUGAAUCUGUAGUUAAGUUCCACACGUGGAUGGGACGGUAUGCCCCGCCAGCAGGGUGCCUUUUAUAGGAGCCCUGAGGAUGCUUCCAUUGCAGAGCCGAUGACCAGGCUAGGUUUCGCAGAAGAGGGGAUUAUCAGGCUGGUGUUCCUCCUGCCCCCGCUCCACCUCCGUCGGGCUCCCCCAGCAGGGGCCUGUAGCUUGGUAGAUCGCUGCUUUGAUAGAAAAGGGGGCGUUGCAACGCUGGGUAAUCAAAGCAGAUGCAAGUGUGGGCUCAGAGAAGUGAGUCUGACUAGACUGGGCUGUUGUGAUCAAUUUUUCCAAAAAGUCAUCAGGCCUGGAUUUUACCUCCACCCUCUUAAUGGACAGUAGGGCUUCGCUUACUCUCACCAGGAAGUUCCCAUUUCUUUACCAAAUGGAGGAAAUUAAGUGCUGACGCAGCACUUUUACUGUCUGGAGGGAAAUAACCCUACCCAUCAUUAAGAAAAACACAUACCCACAUUUUUUUAUAGCCCGGGAGACACUGAUACUUACUAGAAUCUGCUGAUUUUAAAAAUCGGGGGAAAAGGGGCUCUGCUCUUAUUUGUUCUAUAAAAAACUAAGGAAUGGAUUGUCAUCUGAUUUAAUUUGGGGCAAAGAUUUCCAGGUCAGAGACUGGGUACCACACAUAUCUGGUGAGUACCACGGCUUUGCUUUCUGUCCUCACAUGUAUAAAUGGACACUGUUAUCACAGAAAAUGUUGUUAUCACAGAAAACUGUUAUCACAGAGCAGCACUGCUGUUAUCACAGAAAAUGUUGAUGUAUUUGAAAGAUGUGUGGCUGCUUCCACUUUUAUCUAACUUACGGAAAUCAGUGUAGCAUUUUUUUUCCUCGUUUUAGAAU